CAAGCCUGAGAAGCUGGACAAGCCAGAGAGCUGUGAUAAUGUCAAGGUUGUUGUUCGAUGCCGGCCUCUCAAUGAACGAGAGAAAGCUACGGGCUACAAAAUGGCAGUCAAUGUAGAUGAGAUGAGAGGAACUAUAACUGUUCAUAAAACAGACUCCUCCAAUGAGCCUCCCAAGACAUUUACAUUUGACACAGUGUUUGGACCAGAGAGUAAACAGCUGGAUGUCUAUAAUUUAACUGCAAGACCUAUUAUUGACUCUGUCCUAGAAGGAUACAAUGGUACUAUUUUUGCAUACGGGCAGACUGGAACAGGCAAAACUUUUACGAUGGAAGGGGUCCGAGCGGUUCCUGAGCUUAGAGGCAUCAUUCCUAAUUCCUUUGCCCAUAUAUUUGGUCACAUUGCCAAGGCAGAGGGGGAUACAAGGUUUUUAGUUCGUGUGUCUUACCUGGAAAUUUACAAUGAAGAGGUGCGGGACUUGCUAGGAAAAGACCAGACACAGAGAUUAGAGGUUAAAGAGAGACCUGAUGUGGGAGUUUAUAUCAAAGACCUUUCAGCUUAUGUCGUAAACAAUGCAGAUGAUAUGGACAGAAUCAUGACUCUGGGCCACAAGAACCGUUCUGUUGGUGCCACAAACAUGAAUGAACACAGCUCUCGUUCACACGCCAUCUUCACUAUCACUAUUGAGUGCAGUGAGAAGGGGGUGGAUGGAAACAUGCACGUGCGCAUGGGCAAACUUCACCUUGUCGAUCUUGCUGGUUCUGAAAGACAGGCAAAAACUGGAGCCACGGGGCAGCGGCUGAAGGAAGCCACUAAGAUCAACCUCUCUCUUUCCACACUGGGGAAUGUCAUCUCUGCGCUGGUGGAUGGCAAGAGCACCCAUGUGCCCUACCGUAACUCCAAACUUACACGACUCCUUCAGGAUUCUCUGGGAGGCAACUCCAAAACCAUGAUGUGUGCAAACAUUGGUCCAGCAGACUACAACUACGAUGAGACUAUCAGCACUCUCAGGUAUGCAAACCGAGCCAAGAACAUCAAGAACAAGGCCAGGAUUAAUGAAGAUCCCAAGGAUGCUUUGCUCCGCCAGUUUCAAAAAGAAAUUGAAGAGCUUAAGAAAAAACUGGAAGAAGGGGAAGAGAUAUCUGGUUCCGAGACCAGUGAUUCUGAAGAGGAAGAUGAAGAUGACGAUGGGGAGAUUGGAGAGGAUGGGGAAAAGCGGAAGAAACGGCGGGAUCAAGCAGGCAAAAAGAAAGUUUCCCCUGAUAAGAUGGUAGAGAUGCAAGCAAAGAUUGAAGAGGAGAGAAAAGCUCUUGAAACUAAGCUUGAUAUGGAAGAAGAAGAAAGAAAUAAAGCCAGAGCUGAACUGGAGAAGAGAGAAAAAGACUUGCUUAAAGCUCAACAAGAGCACCAGUCCCUCUUGGAGAAACUGUCUGCAUUGGAGAAGAAGGUGAUUGUGGGAGGAGUGGACUUGCUGGCAAAAGCAGAAGAGCAAGAGAAGCUUCUAGAAGAAUCAAAUAUGGAACUGGAAGAACGAAGAAAGAGAGCAGAACAGCUUCGCAAGGAGCUUGAGGAGAAGGAGCAAGAACGCUUGGACAUCGAGGAGAAGUACACCAGCCUCCAGGAAGAAGCACAGGGGAAAACCAAAAAGCUGAAGAAAGUUUGGACCAUGCUUAUGGCUGCAAAAUCGGAGAUGGCAGAUCUGCAACAAGAGCAUCAGAGAGAGAUUGAAGGAUUAUUAGAGAAUAUUCGGCAGCUGAGCAGGGAACUUCGUCUUCAGAUGCUUAUCAUAGACAACUUCAUUCCUCAGGACUACCAGGAAAUGAUUGAAAACUACGUUCACUGGAACGAAGAUAUCGGAGAAUGGCAGCUGAAAUGUGUUGCAUAUACAGGAAACAACAUGAGGAAACAGACUCCUGUCCUGGAUAAAAAAGAAAAAGAUCCCUUUGAAGUGGACCUUUCCCAUGUUUACUUAGCUUACACUGAAGAAAGCUUGAGGCAAUCUCUGAUGAAGCUGGAGAGGCCGAGGACUUCAAAAGGAAGAUCCAGGCCCAAGACGGGUAGAAGAAAACGUUCGGCAAAGCCAGGAGCCGUCAUUGACUCUCUGCUGCAGUAGGUGUGACCUGUUCAGAAUUGCUGUAAAAAUCAGUGAAUGUGUAAGAUUUGGUCAGAAUAUGGAACUUGAGAGGCACAGUUUGACAUGGCUAUAAAAUCCAUGCCUUGCUGGUAUGGAGCUUUAUUUUAAAAAAAUGUAUUUCUCCUUAGUUGCCCGUAUAUUGUAUGUUAUAUUAACAUAAUAUUAAACAGGUAUAUAUGAUGGUUGUGAAAUUCCAUGUGUUAAAUGUGUUGUGCAGGAAAAAUUGUUGGCAAUCCUUGUUGAAAUGUAUAGAAAAUAAGGGUUCUAGAUGUGUGUUUAACUGCUAGACAUGUUAGCUCAAAAAGGUUGAAAUCCUAAAAUUUAAGGCUGGUAAAUCUGAUUUAUGCCAUGCUUUGCACAUAACUGGCAGCUUUCACUGUUGUCCUCUGUUGCACUGAUCUGUGUUUGAAUGUGGUUGCUGCAAACCUUUGAACUAAGAGCAUCAACCCCUUUUAUUUAAAUAUUCCUCACUGUGGCUAUUAACCUGAUCGUAUUGUGUAUUGAAUACACGCUCCUCUUCCCUUUGUUUGCUGUCUUGCUGUACAAAGAAAGUAGUUGCGUAGAGGAAACAUGAACUACAAAAGUCUGAGACUUCUGGGAAAGGGACCAUAUUCUGUUUUAAGUGCAACAGAAAACAAGUGUGUCACAGUAGUGCUUUCAUUUUUGUCCAUAGUGUGUGAUCCGCUGGCACUGUGGAGUGUGAGACCUUUGCAAAGGCAAAAGAAAGCUUUUUCCUCCUUUUAAGGCUGUGUUGCAGCAUUGCUUUGGCUGCUUUUCAUGCUUCUGAGCUGGAUUUUUUUAAAAUAUAUGUGAAUUGUUCUGUAAUCUGAACAGCAGAGAUUAUUUAAGGGGAUGCUGUAAUACUAGGACUUAAC